AUGGCUACUGUUGCCUUUUCUGGCUUGGUCUACAAGCCAGAGUGGAGAGUGACCAAGUUAAUUGGACUUUACCAGAUUUCUCAGAACAAAGUAGCAGUUCUUCUACUAGCUGGUGGGCAGGGAACAAGACUUGGAGUUGCGUAUCCCAAGGGGAUGUAUGAUGUUGGCUUACCAUCCCAUAAGACACUUUUUCAGAUUCAGGCAGAACGUAUCCUGAAGCUACAACUGUUAGCUGAAAAAUAUUAUGGCAACAAAUGCAUCAUUCCAUGGUAUAUAAUGACCAGUGGCAGAACAAUGGAAGCAACACAGGAGUUCUUCACAAAGCACAAGUACUUUGGUUUAAAAAAAGAGAAUGUAAUUUUUUUUCAGCAGGGAAUGCUACCUGCUAUGAGUUUUGAUGGGAAAAUUAUUUUGGAAGAGAAGAACAAAGUUUCUAUGGCCCCAGUUUGCAUUCAGAAAGGAGCAGACUGUGGAGCGAAGGUGGUAGAGAAGACAAACCCUACAGAACCAGUUGGAGUGGUUUGCCGAGUGGACGGAGUGUACCAGGUGGUAGAAUACAGUGAGAUUUCCCUGGCAACAGCUCAGAAACGAAUCUCUGAUGGACGACUGUUGUUCAACGCGGGCAACAUUGCUAAUCAUUUCUUCACUGUACCAUUUCUGAGAGAUGUUGUCAAUGUUUAUGAACCUCAGCUGCAGCACCAUGUGGCUCAAAAGAAGAUUCCAUAUAUGGAUUCCCGGGGAGAGUUAAUUAAGCCAGACAAGCCAAACGGAAUAAAGAUGGAAAAAUUUGUUUUUGACAUCUUCCAGUUUGCAAAGAAGUUUGUGGUAUAUGAAGUAUUACGGGAGGAUGAGUUUUCCCCGCUAAAGAAUGCAGACAGUCAGAAUGGGAAGGACAACCCUACAACUGCAAGGCAUGCUUUGAUGUCCCUUCACCAUUGCUGGGUGCUCAAUGCUGGGGGCCACUUCAUAGAUGAAAAUGGUUCUCGCCUUCCAGCAAUUCCCCGCAGUGCUACAAAUGGAAAGUCAGAGGCCACCACAGCUGAUGUCAAUCACAACUUGAAGGAUGCCAAUGAUGUACCAAUCCAGUGUGAAAUCUCUCCUCUUAUCUCUUAUGCUGGAGAAGGGCUAGAAAGUUACGUGGCAGAUAAAGAAUUUCAUGCACCUUUAAUCAUUGAUGAGAAUGGAGUCCAUGAGCUGGUGAAAAAUGGCAUAUGAGUCAUGUGCCAAGUUCUGCCACAACAGGGGAUAGCUUUUUGUUUUUAACAGCCCAACUGUGAACCUACAAGAUACGUCCUGGAAGACUGAAGUUGGAACCUUCACAAGGUUUCAUUUUGCUCGUUGAACUCUUAGAACUAUGACAAACUUCCCAAGAUCCAGAUGACUGAACUUUAGAUAGCAUUUUUAUGAUUCUCAAUUCAUUGAAGAUCUUAUUUAUAUUUUUCAAUUUAUCUGAUUUAUUUCCUAGUCAAGGAAAACAUUUGCCAUCUAGGAAAUUUCUCAUAGAUCAAGUAUAGCCAGGAUGUUCAAUAUCACUUUACUUUGACUGGAAGCUUUUGUUUUUGAAAUUGUACAUAGUAAUAAUAUGUCAUUGUAUAUGUCAGAAGGUUUUUAUGGUACUAAAAGUUUGUUUUAUUUUGUCAAGCAUUAAACUUUUUAAAGAAAAUAAUUGAAUGGUAAAAUAAACUUACUUUCUUGUCUCUGGA